UAAGUGGGUCAUACUAGAGCCACGAGAAAUUUCUACGUUCGUAUCGAUAUUUAAUUCCAAUAAGUGUUUUUAUUUUAUCCCUACAUGUUUACGAGAGCGGAGAUAUUUUUUAAUCGCAAAGAUCAAGGUUGCAGAUAUGAAUGCAGAUAAGCCUGAUGUAUUUUAUUAUUCGAUUACUGGCAACCAACGGGAGGACGAAAAACUACUGGAACCGAUCAGAUACAUCCUUCAAGUUCCUGGAAAGCAAAUCAGAGCGAAAUUAGCCAAAGCUUUUAAUUACUGGCUGAAGAUAUCAGAUGACAGGCUCCAAACUAUCGAUGAAAUAGUCAAUAUGCUCCACAACUCCAGCAUCCUGAUCGACGAUAUCCAAGACAACUCCAUUUUGCGUAGGGGCAUUCCUGUUGCACAUUCCGUUUAUGGAAUCGCCAGUACAUUGAGCGCCGCAAAUUAUGUUAUGUUUAUUGCUCUGGAAAGGGUUAUUCGUCUUCAACAUCCUGCAGCAACAGCAGUGUACAUGGAACAAUUACUAGAACUCCACAGAGGCCAAGGAAUGGACAUUUUUUGGAGGGACAAUUUCAUCUGUCCGAGUGAGGCUGACUACAAAACUAUGACAAUAAGAAAGACCGGUGGGCUCUUCAAUCUGGCGGUAAGAUUAAUGAAAUUGUUCUCAUCAUACGAAGGAGACUUUUCGUCGCUAAUAGCUAUAUUAGGACUGUAUUUCCAAAUACGCGACGAUUAUUGCAACUUGUGCCUUGGUGAAUACACGGAGAAUAAAAGUUAUUGCGAGGAUUUAUCCGAGGGAAAAUUCAGCUUUCCAAUUAUCCACGCGCUUACAAGCAAUCCCGACGAUAGGCAAAUAAUAAAUAUUCUGAGACAACGACCGAAAGAUAUCGAAGUGAAGCGUUAUUGCAUUAAACUGUUGGAAAAAUUUGGCUCCUUUGAAUAUACAAGAAACGUGCUCGAGGAAUUGGACGCAAAAGCGAGGACCGAGAUUGACCGUCUGGGAGGCAACCCGCUUUUAAUGAAAAUUCUGGACGAGCUGAAAACUUGGGACACUAAGGAAGCGCCUAAAAAUCCAUUAACCGGAACAUUUUAAAUUUCAAAUCGCUUGUAUAUUUCUUUGUGCCUAUUUUUCACACCAAGUUAAUCAAUGCACUUUACUGUUGAUAGAAAAUUUUGUUUGUUCUAUAAUGAGGUAUGAGAAAAUGUUUUUUAUCGCAGUUUCUUUGUUGUUUUACAAAAAGUACUUUCAAGAGGAGUUUGUUGGCCAUUCUAAUGUAUACAUUAAUUUAAUUUGAUCGGGUGAAACGAUUACCUUAUCUGAACGUGUUCACGUAAUUUAUACUGUACAUUAGACAUUGUAUAUUUGUCUUGUUAAUUUGUAUUCUACAAUAAAUAAUGCUUAAGAAAUCUA